CGACACUUGAAACUCCGUUUUUAUUUGUGUGAGUGUGUCUGCGUUUGUGUAUGAAAAAUGUGCUGAACACUUUCAGACGAACUGUCAAAAUAUAUAAUUUUAUCCGUAUAAGAAUCAUAUAAAAGGUUAAAAGUCGUUAGACUACAAUUGUUCAGUUAAAAAUGGUUGCAAAUAAAGUUCAACUGAAAAGCGAUGCAAUUUUCGAUAAAAUCAAAGAUCGCCUAGCCGAAAAUCCAGCCAAAGGGAAACAAAUAAAUGCGGUGUUUUUGUACAAAAUCACAACAACCACAAGUAAUGGGGCACCAAUCAAACAUUGGACGCUUGACUUGAAGAAAGGAACCGUGUAUGAAGGAAAUCCCGAAGAAGGUGUAAAACCCGACACAACACUUUCCGUUACGGAUACUGAUUUGGUAGAUAUUGCGUUGGGCAAGCUAAAUCCUCAAGUAGCAUUUAUGAAGGGAAAAUUAAAAAUCACCGGAAACAUAAUGCUAACGCAAAAGUUGGUGCCUCUUUUGAAAACCGAGGCAAAAUUGUAAACGAGGAAAUGCCACAAUCGAAAUUCUCAAAUCAGUGAGGACUUCGUACCUGAGUGGGACAGAUCUUUUAAUUUCGGUGAAAUUUUUGUGGGGCAAUUUAAAUACCAAUUUGUAUUCUUUUUUUCUCUUCAGUCACAAGGUGUCUGUUAACAAUAAUUCCAGUUUAAUUUCGUUUAUUUAAGAGAUUGCUGUUAUUUAAGAUGGUGAUAGAUUUGUCAUACCGUAUAUUUUGCAGAUAAUUGAGCAUAGGUGAUUUUGUUUUUAUGUUAUUUCGACUUUGUACAAUAUUCGUUUGAUGAAUAAAUUUAAAUGAAAAGAAAAACAAAAAACAAAAAGAAACGGAA